AUGUCAGAUUCAAUUCAAACCACGAAACCUCAAAAAUCAACCGAUAAUGUUAAACAAAACCAACAAGACCCAAAUAAAUUUUCUUACAAUUUUGUAUACAAAGCCACCAUAGUUCUCAUAUUCUUUGUUAUUCUUCCACUUUUUCCUUCUCAAGCUCCUGAUUUCAUCAACCAAAAUCUCCUCACAAGAAAUUGGGAACUCCUUCAUCUUCUUUUCGUUGGUAUUGCUAUCUCUUACGGUUUGUUCAGUCGUAGGAACCAAGAACAUGACAAAGACAACAACAAUAAUAACUCAAAGUUCGACUCUGCACAAACACUUGUCUCUCGGUUUCUACAAGUUUCGUCUUUUUUCGAAGACGAAACUGAUCAUCAGAACCAAUCUGUAGAGUCUGAUGAAAUCACCAAGCUCCAAACAUGGAGUAAUCAGAAUCAACACUACAGAAAUAAGUCCAUGGUUGUUGUAGCUCCGCAGGUGAAAGACUCUGUUUUUGAAGAUGAACAGAGUGGUGGAGAAGAAAUCGAAAAGCCUCUUCUUUUGCCUGUUCGAAGCUUGAAAUCUCGUUUAUCUGAUGAUGCUGGUGUUCUUCAAUCGCAAUCUGUUGAUGGGUCGUCGAAAACAGGGUCUAAAAGAUUUUCAAGCAAUUCGUUUAACAGAGUAAGAAACUAUGCAGAAUUUGAAGGUGUUGGUGAAGAUAAGAUGAAAGAGAAAGAGAACGUUGUGCUUGCAUCUCCUAUUCCAUGGAGAUCAAGAUCAGCAUCAGCAAGAAUGAUGGAACCGAAACAAGAAGCUAUUGAAAAAGCUUCAAAGGCUUCAAUGGCGAAAGCUUCUGUGAUGAAAUUCACUCCAUCCGAAUCAAUUGCGAAGGACGCGGAAGAUUCGAUUAAGAGAAAGAGUUUUAAUUAUAAGUCUUGUUUUCCUCCUCCACCACCACCUCCUCCGCCACCAAUGUUUCAGAAACCAAUCUUCAUGAAAUCAAGAUAUGGUGAGAAAACUGGAAGGAACAAAUCAAUGGGAAAAUCUAUAGAAGAAGGAAUCAAUGAAAAGGAAGAUGAGGAUGUAGAUGAAGACAAAGAACAAAAGGAAUAUUCUUCGUCAAUGCAAGAGGCAACAGAGAAAGAAAGGUUUAUUGAAAAAAGGGUAAUUAUGGAAACAGAGGAUGAAGAAACGGAAAGUGAAGAAGAUGAAGAUGUUGGAAAACAAAAACAGAGUGAAGAAAGUUGUUCAAAAACAGAGGAACCUUCUUGUUCUUAUUCUGUUGGUGAUGAAGGACCUGAUGUGGAUAAAAAAGCUGAUGAAUUCAUAGCUAAAUUUAGAGAACAAAUAAGGCUUCAGAGAAUUGAGUCUAUAAAGAGAAGUACAAGAGUUGUAAGAAAUUCUUCAAGGUAA